GGAGACAGUCCGGAUCCUCUGGCCCUAAUAGUGCUGCUUCUGGCUUCCUUCAGGUCACCCAACCUGCCUGCAGUUCACCUUGAACAUGACCGAGGCCGUCAAGACCUACAAGUGGCAGUGCAUAGAGUGCAAAUCCUGCAUCCUCUGUGGGACCUCGGAGAACGAUGACCAGCUACUCUUCUGUGAUGACUGUGACCGUGGCUAUCACAUGUACUGUUUAAAUCCCCCAGUGGCUGAGCCCCCAGAAGGUAAUGACGAUGAGGUCAACAAUAACAACAACAACAGCUACUACUUCUACCUCUUAUUGAGCCCUCACUAUGGUGCAGACCUUGUGCUAAGGGCUUUUCAUAUCUUGUCUCAUUUAAUCAUCACAACCCUAUGAGGUAGGUACAACUACAACCAUAUUACACAUGAAGAAACUGAGGCACAGUUCAACCAGCUGAAAUUUCAACUUGAGGGCCAAGGAGCUGUUUCUUAGACAUGUGGCUGAGAUGGUGGGGAGGUGCGGGCUUCCAGAGAACUAGCCCAGGUCUUGUGAGGCUGGUUAAGAGGCAUGACCAAGGAGCAGGGUUCUUUACAACAGUUCAUCUGAUCAGCUCUGAGCAUUUACUUUCUGCUGAGUGACAGUUUCCAGCCAUGUCUUCAGGACUUCAUGGUCUCUGAAUUAUGAAAGUCAAAAGGAAAUAGGCUUUGUAAGAUGUUAGAGCCACUGGGCUGGGGCUCAAGAGUUAGAGGGGCUGCUACUAACGCCAUCUUGUCUCUUGUAGGAAGCUGGAGCUGCCACUUAUGCUGGGAACUGCUCAAAGAGAAAGCCUCAGCCUUUGGCUGCCAGGCCUAGGGCCCCAGGUCACAGAAUGUGACUUGCUGCUGGAGAGGCUAAACCAGAGCCCAGUUCAAAUCAGAUGGAACCCUUCUCCCACACAUCCACACAGACCAACUGUAAGAAAACGAAUAGUUACAGAAGGUCAUGGACAUGUGCAACCAAGAGGGCAAGCUAUCUACUUACCUCCCACCCCACAUAGGGUACCUCAGCCAGCACUUCCUUGUGUUUACCAGAAGGAUCUUGCACUUUUGAAGAACAACCCCGGCCCCAGCCCUGGGGAAUCCCUCUCACUUUUACCCUAGCACUACAAUUCUCUCACUAAUUCCCAUUUCAAGGGAAACCAUUUUGUGAACACUCAUUGAUCACGUGUGUAUAGUUUGGUGAUUUUUUUUUUUAAUCUAAUAUAUUCUAAGAAAUCGUCACACAGCCUCCUUACUCAGCUUAGACUCUUCAUCUUGAACUCUCACCAGAGGAACAAAGUGCCGUGGAGAAGUUGUUGUUUAUUACAAGCCUCACUGGAAACUUCUAGGCUUGGAUCCUGAAGGCCAUCUUGAAGACGGAGCCUUGAAAUCUCUUCUUGUUCCUUGGUCUCUGAGAAGAGGAAAACCUCAGCAGUGACAUCCACAGCUGGAGUCAUCCUGAUAUACUGAGUUGCCACUUGAUGGGGGG